AUGACCAUGGACGACACUGGUGGCUGGCGAUUCGCCCAGGCGUUCGGAGACAAGGGAGAAAUUGAGGAGAUUACUGAGGCUGAUAUCAUCUCCGCCGUCGAGUUCGACUCGACAGGCGACUUCCUCGCGACAGGUGAUAAGGGUGGUCGCGUGGUGCUCUUUGAGCGCAACCUCGGCAAGCGCGCAUGCGAAUACAAGUUCUACACCGAGUUUCAAUCACACGAGCCCGAAUUUGACUACCUGAAGAGUUUGGAGAUCGAGGAGAAGAUUAACAAGAUACGUUGGUGUGGGAGAGGGAAUAGUGCGCAUUUCUUGGUAUCGACCAAUGACAAGACUAUAAAGCUGUGGAAGGUCUUCGAGAAAACAUUGCGCGUAGUAGCGGUGACAAAUCACUACGAUGGGCAACGCCCAUUACCCGCACCAACGAUGAAGCAGCACUUGCGCCUACCGAGGACUAUGGAGCAGGACAAGAUUAUUGCGGCUGUUCCUAGAAGGAUAUACGCAAAUGCACACGCCUACCAUAUUCAUUCGAUUUCCGUCAACUCAGACCAGGAGACUUAUAUAUCGGCCGAUGACUUGAGAGUCAAUCUGUGGAAUUUGAAUGUCCACGAUCAAAGCUUUAAUAUCGUGGAUAUCAAGCCACAAAACAUGGAAGAGCUCACUGAGGUUAUUACCACCGCGUCAUUCCACCCUUCCCACUGCAACAUCUUCAUGUAUUCGUCAUCCAAGGCCAGCAUCCGACUUGCCGACAUGCGUGAAGCUGCGUUAUGCGGAACUCACUCGAAACGCUAUGAAGACCCACCAGAUCCAUCGACCACUUCAUUCUUUUCGGAGAUCAUAUCCAGCAUCUCUGAUGCUCAGUUCUCGCCCGACGGUAUGCGGAUUCUUGCCCGCGACUACCUCACCCUCAAAGUAUGGGAUGUGCGCAAUGAAUCAAGACCAUUGAGAACCAUACCUGUCCACGAUCAUCUUAAGAGCAAACUCUGCGACUUAUAUGAAAAUGACUGCAUUUUCGACAAGUGGGAGUGCAUCUGGGGAGGAGACGGGCGGAAGGUGCUGACUGGGUCAUAUGGGAACUACUUCAAGGUUUAUGAUGUUAAUGGGGAGGAUGCUGGGGAGGAAGAGGGCAAGGAUGUCGUUUUGCAGGCUGACAAGAGCGUUUUAAAGACUACCAAGAAGGGUUUCGGUGGCAAAGGUCCUGGUGGGCGAACCCUCCGCGAGGCAAUGCAUAAUGAGCCUCAAGAUUUCAACAAGAAGAUACUCCAUGCAAGCUGGCAUCCCAAGGAGCCAACUGUUGCGAUUGCGGCGACGAAUAGUCUGUUCGUCUAUACGGCCGCCUAA